AUGGCUUCCCCCAGUGUCCUCACUUUUGACGCUGAGGGUCGGGCCAUUGACUUUGACGUCUGGGUAGAUGACCUGCAGCUUUUCCUGCUGAGCGAUAGAGCAGACGGUCUCUCCCUCUUUGACCUCACCUCUGGUGCCUCUCCUGCCCCUGCUGCUGAUGCUGACGCCACUGUUCGCUCACAGUGGGCCACGCGCGAUGCUGCUGCCCGCCUUGCUGUGCGCCGCCACUUGCCGACCGCUGAGCGUGCGCACUUUAGCCAGUACAAGAGUGCUAAGACCUUGUACGACGCUGUAGUUGCUCGCUACUCUUCCCCUGCCACUGCUGCGCUUAGCCGCCUCAUCCUACCGUACCUCUUCCCUGACCUCGCCGCUUUUCCCACUGUCGCUGACCUCAUUACGCACCUUCGCACUAGUGACACUCGCUACCGCGCUGCGCUUCCUGCUGAGUUCUGCGCCAAGAACCCCCCCCCCCCAUCGGGAGACGCCGCCCUGGCAAGGGCAAGGGGGGCAAGGGUGCUGGAGGGGCUGGAGGGGGCGGUGGAGGCGGAGGUGGAGGUGGUGGAGGGGGUGGGGGUGGCGGUGGGGGUGGUGGCGGGGGUGGGGGCGUCGGUGGCGGGACUGGAGGUGGAGGUGGAGGCGGCGGUGGCGGUGGGAGCGGAGGUGGCGGAGGUGGCGGUACUGGAGGAGGUAGCGGCGGAGGCGGUGGAGCUGGUCGGGGUGGCGCUGCGCAGAGGGUUUAGUCCGGUGGUGCGGGGCGGGGGUGCUGGCCCCUGUACCUACGUUCUCCGUACCGGCGACCGGGCGGGUGAGCAGUGUGGGGGCGCGCACUCCACCCAGCGCUGCUUCGGCCGUCUGACGGACGCGUGGCGCCACCAGUUCCCCGACGCUACUGAGAUCCCUCGCUGGGGCGAGCUGUCUAGGGCGGGUGUUGCGAUCUAUGAUCUUGAUUAUGAUGCUAUUCUUGCUGCCAUGUAUGCUGUGACUAUUAGUGAUGAGGGUGACUGUUACCGGUGUUUUCCGCCUGACCCAGGCAUAGAGGCUGCUGCGCUAGGUACUUGUGAGGCUGCUGCUCUAGGUGCCAGUGCGUCUGCCGCCCCAGGUGCCGGUGAGUUUGCGCUCUCAGGUGCUGCGUCGUCACCGGACACCCACACCUUCACCCUUGACUCGGGUGCUUCCCGCUCCUUCUUUCGAGACUGCACCACUCUCACGCCGCUCAGUCGGCCUGUUGCGGUCUCCCUGGCAGACCCCUCUGGGGGUCCUGUCCUUGCCCACUACUCCACUGUCCUACCGUGUCCGGCGGUCCCGUCUGGCUCCCUGUCGGGUCUUUACCUCCCCUUGUUCUCUACGAACUUGGUGGCGGGUGCUGACCUCCAGGAUGCAGGAGUUGACCAGUUCACCCCUGCGCGUCAGCGGGUGACCCACUGCACGUGUGCGGACACGGGCCGACACUUGGCCACGUUUGCCCGUCGGCCGGGGUCGAGCCUGUACACACUGACUACUGAGUCUCCUCCAGUCACUGAGUCUGCUCAGGUAGCUGCGUCGGGUCAGGUGUUUGCUGCGGCGUCCAGGUCUGGUCCUGAGUCUGCCCCCUGCUCGUGUCGUCUCCUGUCCCACCGGACUCUCCUUUGGCACCACCGCCUUGGUCACCCCUCCCUGCCUCGUCUUCGAGGCAUGGCUUCCCGUCUUCUUGUCUCUGGCCUCCCCCGGUCCCUCCCUCCUCUUCCUCCGGGGCCUGCCCCUACCUGCGUCCCCUGCGUCGAGGGGCGGCAGCGCGCUGCCCCUCACUCCUCCGAGUUUCCUCCGACAGAGGCUCCGCUGCAGACGCUUCACAUGGACGUGUGGGGCCCAGCCCGCGUCCGUGGGCAGGGUCACGAGCGUUACUUCCUGCUGGUGGUUGACGACUACUCGCGUUACACCGCAGUCUUCCCCUUGCGCAGCAAGGGUGACGUCACUGAGGUGUUGAUCGCCUGGAUCCGCGCAGCUCGUCUCCAGCUCCAGGAGAGUUUCGGCUCGGACUUUCCUGUUCGGCGUCUGCACUCUGACAGAGGCGGAGAGUUCUCCUCCGACCUUAUGCGGGCCUUCUGUCGUGCACGAGGCAUCCGCCAGACCUUCACGCUUCCGGACUCUCCGCAGCAGAAUGGGAUUGCUGAGCGCCGCAUCGGCAUGAUCAUGGACGUCGCUCGUACGUCCAUGAUCCAUGCGGCUGCUCCCCAUUUUCUGUGGCCGUUUGCGGUUCGGUACGCGGCGCAUCAGAUCAACCUUCACCCCCGGGUCUCCAUGCCGGAGACCUCCCCUGCUUUGCUGUGGACGGGGAAGGCUGGCGAUGCGUCUGCGUUCCGUGUCUGGGGAUCUAGGGCGUUUGUCCGCGACUUGUCUGCGGACAAGCUGUCCUCUCGUGCUGUUCCCUGCGUCUUCCUUGGCUUUCCCCCUGACGCGCCAGGCUGGCAGUUCUACCACCCCACCUCGCGCCGUGUCUUCGCGUCCCAGGACGUCACCUUUGACGAGUCGGUUCCCUACUACCGUCUCUUCCCCUACCGCACUGCGUCCCUCCCUCCCCCGCCGCUCUUCCUUACGCCAGGUCCCCCUCCGGUAGACCCCCUCCCCCCUCAGGGUCCUGCUCCCUCAGGUGUGUCCCAGGUAGAUGCAGUUGAGCCUGUCGAGGUAGCUGUUGACUCUGGUGCUGCUGGUGGUGCUGAGCCUGGGGGUGCUGGGUCUGGGGGUGCUGCGACUGGGGGUGCUGAGCUUGAGGGUACUGCGGAGCCUGGGGGUGUUGAGCCUGGGGGUGCUGAGCCUGGGGGUGCUGAGCCUGGGGGUGCUGAGCCUGGGGGUGCUGCGCCUGGGGGUGCUGAGCCUGGGGGUGCUGUGUCUCGGAGUGCGGAGCCUGAGGGUGCUGGACCUGCUCGUGUGGCGUCUGGUGGUGCUGAGCCUGGCGGUUCUUCGGCUGGUGGUGCUGCGGACGCUGGAGGUUCUGCUGCUGCUGAGGGUGCUGGUGCAGAGGGUCCCAGAGGUGCUCGUACAGGGUGUACUGGAGCUGCUGGGCCUACGGGUGCUCCUCCUAUUGGGACUGGUGGUGCUACUGGUGCUGCUGGCGUUGGUGCUGCUGGUGCUCCUGGAGCUGGAGCUGCUGCGUCUUCGGGUGGUCCGACUGGAGCUGGGGCUACUGGGGGUGUUGGCGCUGGAGGUGCUGCUGGCGCUGGUGCUGCUGAGGGUGCUGGAGUUGGUGCUCCUGGAGCUGGGGGCACUCCUGGUACUGGUGCUCCCGUUGGGAGUGCUGGUGCUGUUCCUGCUGGCACUGGUGGAGCUGCGCGGCCACGGCCGUACUUCGUCCCGAUCCUUGAGCAGGUUCUUGGUCUUCCGUCCUCUCUUGGUCCUGCUCCUUCCUUAGCGUGUCCGCCUCCUGUCCAGUCCGAGUCGCAGUUACCGCCGGCCUCCCCGCUUCCUUCUCCUUCUCCCUACACUGGUCCUACUGGAGGUCUUGCUGAGCGUCGUGAGCCUGCGUCUCGCCCUGCGUCGCCUGUCCGCGCUGCUCGCACUAGUGGUCGUGGUUCACGUCAGCGUCCUCCCCCUGUCCCCGGCACGCACCGGAUGUCUCUGCAUCCUUACACUGCUCCUCUGCGUGCCCCUUUGCCUUCUCCUCCCGCGUCCUCUCUUCCUGACCUUCCUGACCCUGAGUCGGACUCCCUUCGUGCUGCGCGUCCUACUGUCACGCGUCUCCUUGCUACUGUCGUCACUGACCCUUCCUUUGAGUCUACUGCUGCGUCUGCUCUGGUUGCUGAGCUUGUCGACUUCGCUGCCCGCUGUCGCCUUGACUACGCUGCCAGUCUCGUCGCUGCGUCUGAGUCUGUCUGUCCUCCGUCCGUCGGGGGUGAGUGUGCUCUUGGCACGGACGUCCUUGAGGAUAGGCAGGAGGAGUUCCAGUGCUUGGCUGCUGCUUCACCUCAUCUCGUGUCCAUGCUGCUUGCCCCUGAGGGAGACCCGGAUGCACUUGACAUCCCGACUCCGCGCUCUUACGCGGAGGCGAUAGAGGGUCCCUACUCCUCUCAGUGGCAGGCAGCCAUGGACGCAGAGAUGGCUUCCUGGAAGUCCACAGGCACCUACGUUGACGAGGUUCCCCCUCCUAGGGCGAACAUCGUCAGUGGCAUGUGGAUUUUCAGGGUGAAGCGGCCGCCGGGUUCUCCGCCUGUCUUCAAGGCGCGUUACGUGGCUCGUGGCUUCAGUCAGCGGCAGGGAGUUGACUACUUUCAGACCUUCUCUCCCACCCCGAAGAUGACCACUCUUCGGGUACUGCUGCACAUAGCCGCUCACCGAGACUACGAGCUCCACUCUCUUGACUUCAGCACUGCUUUCUUGCAGGGCAGCCUGCAUGAGGAGAUCUGGCUGCGCCGCCCACCUGGCUUCACUGGGACUUUUCCUCCUGGCACCCAGUGGAGCCUCCGGCGGCCAGUCUACGGUCUCCGCCAGGCGCCUCGUGAGUGGCACGACACACUGAGGACUACACUUGCGGCUCUUGGGUUUGCUCCUUCUACUGCCGACCCGUCGCUAUUUCUGCGCACCGACUCUUCCUUGCCGCCGUUCUACAUCCUCGUGUACGUCGACGACUUGGUCUUUGCUACAGCUGACACUGCUGGACUUGCCUACGUGAAGUCCGAGCUGCAGAAGAGACACACAUGCACAGACCUGGGUGAACUGCGCAGCUACCUUGGCUUGCAGAUCACCCGGGACAGAGCACAGCGCACCAUUACCCUGACUCAGUCACACAUGGUGCAGCAGGUCCUUCAGCGCUUCGGCUUCACGUACUCCUCGCCUCAGGCCACUCCUCUGCCUACACGCCACUCGCUCUCAACUCUGCCUUCGGAUGAGUCCGUAGAGUCGAGUGGCCCGUACCCAGAGCUUGUCGGCUGCCUCAUGUACCUGAUGACCUGCACUCGACCUGACCUUGCAUACCCUCUUAGCAUUCUGGCACGCUAUGUUGCUCCUGGGAGACACAGACCAGAGCACAUGGCUGCAGCGAAGAGGGUGUUGCGCUACUUGUGCAGUACGUCGGGCAUGGGGCUUGUGCUUGGAGGGCAGAGUUCAGUGGUCCUCACUGGUCACGCAGACGCUUCUUGGGCUGACGACCAGGCUACGCAGCGGUCGUCACAGGGUUACACCUUCAGCCUUGGCUCCGGCUCUGUUUCGUGGCGAUCUACCCGCUCGUCUUCUGUUCUCGGCUCCAGCUGUGAGGCUGAGAUCUACGCAGGGGCCAUGGCUGCACAGGAGCUACGCUGGCUCACCUACCUGCUGACUGACCUGGGAGAGCCGCCUCGUUCUCCUCCAGUGCUGUACGUAGACAACAAGGCCAUGCUGGCCUUGUGUCGGGAGCACAGACUGGAGCACAGAACAAAGCACAUCGCUCUCCGCUACUUCCUUGCUCGUGAGCUGCAGCAGCGUGGUCAGCUGCGCCUUGCUUACGUGGCCUCUGAGGCCAACACUGCUGAUAUCUUCACCAAGGCACUCGCGCCUUGUGAUCAUCAGCGCUUCUGUACUCUGUUAGGUCUUGUGCCUACCUUGCCUCACUUGCUUACUUCUUGA